AUGUCUUUUUGGAACAAAAACCCCUCUAGCUCGAAGCAAAAGAUUCGAACAGAAAACGUCCCUGUCAAAGCAUCACCAGGGACCAUAAACAGGGCCCCGUCUCGUUCACAAAGUGAAGGGCGCCUAGCGUCGAGUCUGCCCAGGUCGAAACCUGUGGGACAGACAAGCAGAAGUUCGCGAAAGGAUAGUUAUUUGACGAAACUCAGCCUUCCCGAAAGAUCCACCAGUCGCAAACGAUCUCCAGUAUACCAGAGGAUAGAAAGUGACUCAAGUGAAGAUGAAGGCCAAGAGUCACCGCCAGUCAAUAAAAGACAGAGGCUGACGCCAGCGGUGUUGGAUGAUCCAACCCGAACCCUUCCGUCGCGAAAGCAGUUCUCACAAAUAGAUUCUACGCUGUUAAUCCAUGCCGCCGAUAUCGCAUCUCAUAAACUUGGUUAUCGGGCCGCUUUUGGGAAUACAACUUUGGAAGGGGCUCCAGUGUAUCUUCAGUACCCUGGAAGCUCAAUAGCCGAAAGAUACGAGCUAGUGUUCAAAAAAGAUUCAUUCGACCCCGUUGAGGAAAUAUUAGGAGUAAUAAAGGACUUUACGGAUUUCUUCCUCGAUGACGAAAAAGAAAAACCGUUUGUGGACCCAGACACUGGUAUCAUCCGGCGGCUUGAACGUGCAAGAAACCUCGGUUCGUUGGAGGGGUUCAAGAGCGCCCUUGUCGAUUAUAACUCUGCAGUAGAGUCAUUGCGAAAUGGAGAGGAUAUUGCCACAAUACUCGAUAAGAAGCAUAGCGUUUCCGAGAGCCUCGUCGUUAGAAUUAUGGCCCAGACGUAUGAUCGAGCGGUCUCUCCAAAGGUCGAUCUCCUUAGAAAGUAUGAGAACGGCACCAACGAGAUUUACGGCGAGCUUAAAUCUAAUCUCGUGUACAAAAUUCUUGCCGAGACGAAAAUCACUUCCAAGCAAGUAUUUGUAGAUCUCGGUUCGGGCGUUGCGAAUGUGGUGCUCCAGGCUGCGCUGCAGGUUGGCUGCGAAAGCUGGGGCUGUGAGAUCAUGGAAAAUGCAUGUUCAAUAGCCGAAGCUCAGAAGGCUGAAUUCGAAGCUCGUUGUCGGCUCUGGGGGCUCCAGCCAGGGUUGACAAGGCUUGAACGUGGAGAUUUCAUGGUGAGCGAAGAAAUACGGGCAGCCCUCCAAAGAGCAGACGUUGUCCUUGUGAACAAUGAAGUAUUCACACCGGAGUUAAACGUCAGCCUGGUCAACCUAUUCCUUGAUCUCAAAGAAGGUUGUAAGAUUGUUUCACUGAAGUCUUUCGUGCCGGAAAAUCGGAAGAUCAGCAAUUACAACAACAACGAUCCCUCCAACAUUUUAGAUGUUGCAAAGAAGGCAUAUUCUACCAAGAGUGUCAGCUGGAAGGAUGAAGGAGGAAAUUACUACAUCUCGACCAAGGACAGCACAAGGUUACAAUUGUAUGGUGAUCGCAGUUGA